AUGGCCGAAGGCGAAGAGUGACACUUUCAGAACGUUCACAAUUUCUUCAAAGAAUGGCCUCUCCUUCGAGCUUUUAUGGCGGGCUCUUAUGGAAUCUUAUGCUUCUUUUUGGCUCGUUUUUGUAUGGAUCGCAUGUCGUUAUGCUGAACAUUUGUAAAGUGGAUGGCAAAAUCCCAUUUAACUCAGCUGCUGUUGUGUUCUUUAUUGAAUUAACAAAGCUUAUGCUAUCUAUUUUGAUGUUAUUGCUCGAAUUUAGAAAAGACAACAGAGUUACCAUGGUGCUGCCAACUCCAAAGCAAUUCAUCAUGUUCUCAGUACCAGGGAUUUUAUAUGCUGUCAACAAUAAUCUUGUAGUCCACAUACAAGCUUACAUGGACCCUGCUAGUUUUCAGGUGCUUAGCAACUUGAAAAUUGUAACCACUGUCAUUUUGUACAGAAUUAUGCUUAAAAGACCAAUUUCAACAAACAAGUGGAUUGCAUUUACAUUGAUCACAAUAGCCGGUGCCUCUAAUAGCUAUGGUGGAUGGUUAUCAAAUCAGAGUUUACCAGAACAUCAUUCUUUGAUGGAAAUUCAUGUGACAUUCAAUGGAAUCUUUCUCAUCCUUUUGUUUUGUUGUAUCUCUGGUACAGCAGGUGUAUACACAGAAUACAUUUUAAAGAAACAAGCAAAGUUGCCAUUUGCUGUUCAGAGUAUCAUGCUGUAUAUCUUUGGUGUUGGAAUGAACUUCUUUGCUUUUUUUGUAUCACAACUUUUGAGAGCCAGCUCCAAUGAAAAUCUGGGUUUCAAAGAAACUGGAGACGUAUUUGAAGGCUUUUCAAAAUGGACUCUAAUCAUCAUUGUUUCUCAGGCAUUAAGUGGAAUAAUUAAUGGAGUGAUUAUGAAACAAGCAAGCAGUUUAACAAGACUUAUCCUAAUCGCAGGGGCUAUGUUGAUAAGUACAACAUUAUCUGUUUUUUUAUUUGGUCUUCAAUUCAAUGACUAUUUCAUUACAGCUUUUAUUUUAGUUAUCAUUGCAAUGUUUAUUUACCAUAGACCUGAUAGAUAGCAACAACUAGGGUUUUAUUU